CAGGUCUGAUGGGAGGCUCAGGGAAAGAGAGAGAGAGAGGCAGUCAGCCAGGUGGAGUCAGGUGCUGUCUACAGUCUGGGCUGGGACAGUGUCAUAGUUCUAUACAGUAGCAGAGCAGUAAGGAUUGUGUGGAGCUGGGCUGUAGUCUAGCCCCUGACUGACUGACUGGCACUCAACAGGAAUACCAGGCCUUGUUCAUCAACUGGAAAAUGAAUUCUACAUAACACUGAAGAGAGAAACUUGUCAGAGUGGAUCUUUCUUCCCUCUCCCCUCUUGUUCAUUCACUCUCUAGUCUCUCUCGCAGUGGCUGGAGCUGGGGGCUGUGUGAGUUUGUACAGUAGUCCAGAAAGAGAGUGAGAGGAAGAGAGAGAGGGAGAGAGGAAAAGCGACAACAGGGGAGUGGACAGAGGCCAGGGGAGACAUGCUACGCUACAGCUCACCAGGAUCGGUCACCACCACCGAGGACAGUCCAGAGCAGCCCAGUGAGCGGAGGAUCCGGCGACUCAGACUAACUCUUCAUACAGGAGACAAUGGACAGAAUGAAACCAAGAAACCAACCUCAGACACACAAGAGGAGAAGGUUGUCAACGGAACAUGGAAGAAGAAGAAGAACAGACUCAUUCAGAGAGAGAGGCCAGCUGGCAGUGAGUUACCUGUACAGCACCUCAGAGCAGCGACCAAUGGGGAGCUAGAGACGUCGCUGCAGCGGCAGCACGGGCCCAAGGUGUACGGUGUGUUGCAGGGGACAGGCUCGGACAGACAGCAGGAAGUGAUGGCGUGCGAGUGGUCUGUCAAUCACCUGAGGGAUGAGAUGAGAUACAUCAAGGAGGUGCGAGAUUCCCUGGAGAAGGUCAGAGAGCGGAUGUACGGCCAGUUUGGAGGAAUGCAACAUUCGAUGCAGAAACUAUCACAAGACAUCAGGACUGCCAACUCCCAGAGGAAGACUCUGGAGAAAGAGGUGAGGGUUCGGACUGCAGCCAUGGACAGCUUCGACCAGAUGAACAGCUCCCUCAUAUCUGCCAACAUCGACCUCCAGAAAUCUCUACUAGAGAGCUGUCACAAUCGUGUGGACUCCCGGGAUGAGAUGAAGAGCCUGAGAAGCUCCUUUCAGCAGGCCGAGGAGAGRCUGAAGGAGAGGGAGAGGCAGCUGGAACUUGCCCAGGCUGAGAACUGCACACUAAAACUGAAGGUGGAGUCGUCUCAGGAGGCCAACAGCCAUGCAGUGCAGGAGGUGACAGCGAGGCUACAGAGACAGUAUGAGGAGAGACUUCAGGAGGAGCAGAGGAAACACAGAGAGGAGAUAGAGAAGCUACAGGCCCAAAUUGACGAGUAUAUUAGGCGAUUAGAGGAGGCAGAGAAGAAUGCUAAGAUUGCGGAGGCCAAGAUCGCUGAAAGGGACCAGAGGAUCAGUGAGGUGGAGCGCCUGCUGGACUGUAUGGGACAGGAAAAGGGCCAUCUUCAGAAGAAACUGCAGGAAUGUGAACAGCGUCUACGCUUGAUGGAGGUGACAUACAAAACAGAUGCAACUGUAGCAAAGAGUUCUCAAAAGUUGGAAGAGGAGGCAGGGGAGCUCCGUGAGAGAAUCAAACACCUGAAUGACAUGGUGUUCUGUCAGCAGAGGAAGGUCAAAGGCAUGAUAGAGGAGGUGAAUGACUAA